AUGAGAGUUGCCGAUCUAAGACAGGUUGAACAUGAUCGGAUAAGGAAGGCAUUUCGAUUGUUCGAUGAAAAUAAUACCGGCUUCAUCCCAAGUUCCGAAUUGGGUAAUGCUCUGCGUUGGCUUUGUCUGAUCCCCAGCGAGCGUGAGGUGAAACUCUUUCAAUGGGAACUGGAUCCGGAUGAAACAGGUUGGAUAUCUUGGCAGGGGUUUUUGAAAGUGGCCGCGAGGAUCUGGUGGCCGGCACAAACUUUGGUAACAUGUAUAUGGGAAGCAUUCCUUGUAUUUGACGAUAAAACCACAGGUCAUAUCAGCAGUGAAUUGUUGAAAAACAUUCUGACAAAAGUUGGUCGAGAACCGAUUCCUAUCAAAGAAGCUGAAAAAAUCAUAAAACGUUAUGGACGAAAAGACGGUAUCUUUCCGUACAUCUCCUUCAUCCGGGAUUUCACCAAAUAA